GAGACACCAAGCAGCCUCCCCUACACCACCGUCCGUGCUCGAGAUAGACAAGUACCUCGUACAACGAAGAUGAAGUUUUUCAUGGCCGUCACCCUGUUGGGGUUGGCGUGGGCUGCCACUGCUAACCCUGAGGAAGAGCACAUGGAGCGUAAAUUGAAAACGGCCGAAAUGGUUGGCCACAUGAACCGCCACCUACGAGACGCCGGCGAAGGCCGCUUGUCCCGGAAAGAAGCCACCCAACUGAAGAGGCAGGCCCGCGAGGAAGAACUCGAGUCGAAGAAAGCUAGCAAGGAAUCCGGCAAGGAAGCCAUGCGUGCGGAGAAAAUGCGUCGCGCUGCGGAACACCUUGCCGACCACCACCACCAGCACCUCCACAUGAAGCCUGAACGUAGGGGUCAAAAGCACUCCCCGGACUCUGCGAAGAACAUGCAGCAGAAGAAGUCGCUUCAGAAGCUCGCCCGGGAUAUGUCGCACGGCUUUGACCCCGCUGCUGUGCACGAGGCGAUGGGCAGGAGGCCCCCCGGUGCCCGCGAGACGGCGCACGAGCCCCACGCCUCCGCCCGGACUGGUCACCAAGUGCCGCACUCGAGGCGCAAGAAGCUGAACCCUGCCGACGUCAAGAAAGCGCAGCACAACCUGGCCAAGGCAGCGCACGCCAUGCACAAAGCGGGCCACGAGGAUGCCCAGGUCGAUGCCGCGGAACCGGCCAAGGAUGGAGAGGAGUGAGUGAGAAGCGUGGAGGGAACCUUAGCAUUGGUGACCCCUCCGCCCUCUCAAAGUCCACACUAUUUGCUCGUCCGCGACGAUGGGCAGCCGGGUGAAAGAGCUGUACCAGUAGGUACGAAUUGGUUCUUGGGCUUGUCGUGCAAGUGUACACAGUACACCAUUAGUUUUCUUCGUUUGGUACGUUGCAAGUCAAAAAUGUUUCCAAGCCGGAAGCGUUGUGCCCGGGCGUGGGUCACAGGCCUGGUCCAGUCGACACCUACGUAGUUUGUGUUUACCACGUGUGCGAGCUAGUACAACGUUAUGUAUGGCUCUCUCUAACUGGAGGAUUGAUUGCUUUAGUUGGAACAUAUGUUCGCUCCAUCAUCGCAAGUAGGCCCCAACGGUUCAUCUCCCAUGCAACUCGAACUCUGCGGCCACGAAGAGGGGCACCACCAAGAGUGUGUGGCUUUUGGGGGAUCGCGCGCUUUUCACUGGGGAUGUUUUUAAGUUGUUUUGUUGUUCUCGCAUGCAAACCGCCGGAGGCCAGUGCGCUCUGUCCGGGACAUGCGUUCCUCCGGUCUUGGUUCAAGCUAAAUAUUUUCUUGUUAGCUUCAGAGGUACGCAUAGCGCGGCACAUGCAGGGAUAACGCAACAGCAAUUGACUGAAUCUGAGCCCCGGUCGCUUGGGAAAAGUGCGGGCAUAGUGCACUUGUUCCUGAUGCCCUACACAAACGAAGCGGCGAACACAAAAAAAGGUUGUGC